ACAAGCAGCACGUGGAUUCACGUUCCAUGAUAGGGUUGAACGAUAACAUGAUAGAAAAGGAAAGCGCAAAGAAAAUGGAAGAAUAUGCAAACGAUGAACGAAUGCAUGAAAUUUUCGAUCUUUGUGAAUUUAAAAAGAUAAGGUUCAAGGUGGAAGUUCAUGCAGGGCCAUCCCCUAAGAAAGUUGCUGUUGAAAUUGCUAAAACUUACAAACCAACAUGGGUUGUUCUUGACAGGCGCAUGAAGAAAGAUCGGAAAUUCUUCUUAGGGAGACUGAGUUGCAAAAUAUCAAGAAUCAAAAGGGACAAUAGAGUCCAAGAGUUGAGAGGGAAAUUGGGAAUGGAAAGAGAAGAGGAAAAGGAGAUGGCCAAACCACUCACUCCAUAUCUCCCAAAAACCUCUCCCUCUCAAUUUAGUUAUGCUGAGAUGAUACCAGGAAGCCCUCCACACCAAUUUUCUCCCACUAAAAAAGAAGCAGAAGCGGAAGCAGAAUCAGAAAUCUUCGAAAUCGAAACAAUCCAUACGCAAUGGCGUUGUUCCAGCAAGAAAUUCACUUCCCUCUGCAAAUCAUCCUCAAGCGGCAAAGUUCAUGCACCGGCGGAGACUUCUUCUGGGGGAGAUUCAUCUCUUUCUCCAUUCUCCAUUUCCGAGGACUUCAAAACCUCCGCGUGUUCGAUCUGCCAUAUCAGGCGGCCCUAUGUUGGAUGGAGAAGGGAUUUCACUUACGCAGAGCUUCAUGCGGCUACGGAUGGAUUCUCGGGGCAUAAUUUCCUCUCGGAAGGUGGAUUCGGUUCGGUUUAUAGCGGCGAAAUUGAUGGGAUUAGGAUCGCUGUGAAACGGCAUAAACUUGCGAGUUCACAGGGGGAAAAGGAAUUCAGGUCUGAGGUUAAUGUUCUGAGCAAAGUAAGCCAUGAGAAUUUGGUGAUGCUUUUGGGUACGUGUAGAGAAGCGACUCACAGGCUGCUGCUUGUUUACGAAUAUGUCUGCAAUGGAUCCUUGGAGAAGUACUUGUCAAGGACUGCCAGCAGACCUCUCAGUUGGGAAAAGAGGAUGAAGAUAGCUAGAGGAGUUGCUAGAGGCUUACAAUAUUUGCAUGCAAACAACAUUAUCCACAGAGAUAUGAGACCAAAUAAUAUCCUCAUAACACAUGAUUACGAGUCACGGCUAGGAGAUUUCGGGCUAGCAAGAACUCAGUAUGAAAACUCAUCAGAAACCAGGGUUGUUGGGACAUUGGGAUACUUAGCACCAGAAUAUGCAGAAUUUGGUAAAGUGUCUACCAAAACCGAUGUUUAUGCUUUUGGUGUGGUCUUAUUACAGCUUAUUACUGGAUAUAGGACCACGGACAUGAUAUUUGAAGGAGAGAGUCUUGUGGGCUGGGCAAGACCAUUGCUAAAGGAGAGGAACUAUCCUGCUUUAAUAGAUCCAAGAAUAGCAGACUGCCAUGAUUUCUACCAACUCUUUUGGAUGGUUCAUGCAGUAGAGAAAUGUCUGAGGAAGGAUCCUCGCAAGAGAAUAACUAUGAAUAAGGUACUAGAAUACUUCAAUCAUGUUAUGGAUGGUGACACAAUGUGCAACAUCAGUGACCUUUCUCCAGCAGAAUCAUGUACACCACCAAUGAAUAACCGACACUUUUGAGUCACGGCGAGAUGGUCCAUCCAAUAAAUGACUGUCAGCUCCAGGUAAACCAAAUAUUGCUGAAAACCAUUCAGAAAAUUCUUCUCUAAAUAAUAGAGAUGUAGAAUAGAUAUAUUAUGUGUUGCUUAGGAGGUAGGAUUCUUCAUACAUAUUAUACUUGAGAGGUACUUGUUUGUUUUAGUGUUUCAAUGUGCAUUAAAAUGGUGCGAAAUUGCUUCCUCUGUAUACAUAUUUGAUAGUCUACAGCUGUGGAUAUGGGGUUGCUCUGAAAUGAAGGUUGUCAUUGGACCAAAA